GACACAUUUCUGUUUAGCCAAAGUGAGCAGAGAUGCCUCGUACUUGUGUGAACAGUGCAGAUAACUUCUGCUAUGUUUGUGGUGAAGUGACUUUUGCAUCACAAAAGCGCAGUAUAACCACUAUAGUUAAGAAAGCCUAUCACCUUUCUUUUGGCUGCAAAAUUGGAGAUCAGGACAAGAGGUGGGCCCCACACAUAUGCUGCAACACUUGUGCAACAAAUCUUCGCCAGUGGUUGAACAGGAAAAGAAAAUCUAUUCCUUUUGCAGUGCCAAUGAUUUGGAGAGAGCCAACAGAUCAUACCAGCAAUUGUUACUUCUGCAUGGUGCCUCCAGUUGGGAAAGGUGUGUCAAAGAAGAAAAAGUGGACUGUGCAUUAUCCAAACAUUCCAUCAGCCAUACGCCCAGUACCCCACGGAGAAGGACUGCCGGUUCCUGAUGCACCAGAAUCAUUCUCACUUGAGUCAGACGAGGAAGAGGAAGAGGAUGAAACUUCUGGUCCUGAACCAUCAAUGUCACAGGACCCACAUUUUCUCCCAUCCUCCUCCUCUGAACCACACCUCAUAACACAAGGUGAACUGAAUGACCUUGUCAGGGAUUUGGAACUACCCAAGAGUAAGGCAGAGCUGUUGGGCUCCAGACUACAGCAGUGGAAUCUCCCGGCAGGCUAUCAGGGCAAAUGGAGCCCAUCAAUGCUUGCAGACUAUUGCUGGACAGUGAUAAGAGAUGCUCUAUUUAAUGAAUACAAGAGACAAGCCAAGAAGCGCCAAGUAGACACUGAAUAGGACUAAACUAUGUACAUAAUAGUUUUUUGCCUUUUGUUUCAUAAUAAAUUUUAUUUAUAUAACCCUUUUGCUGAUUUUUAAAGUGUUACAUAAACAGGACAGGUGAAAUAUUAUCAUGUAAAGCAACCAUAAACACAUGAAAAGACCUAGGUUUACAAUUUAUGAUUAAAACUCUACUAUCUACACAAUAUACAUAGACAUAAAAUGUAAAAACUUAAAUAUCUUAGAAACAGUAGCCAAUCAGUUGUUUUAAUUGUCAUAUUUGAAUUCAGCACAUCAAAAUACAUAAUAAAUAGCACAUUUUAUCUCUGAAGCAGACGACUUCUCAAAAAUUGUAGACCAGUAUUAUAAAUAGAGC